AUGCCUCGUGUUGUGAAUCCAUCAAAGAGCCAUCGCCGCUCCAAUGGCGGUGCCUCAACCCCGCAGAAGAACUCUCCCAUCAAGAUCCCCCUCAAUGAUGACAUGGGAGAGAAGGCUGCUCGAAUGCAGUCGCGACAAGCUCAGUAUGACCGCCAAAUGAAUCAGAUCAAGGCUGCUGUGAAGACGCCCAUGCCCCCUCGAAGGCAAUACGAUCGUGCCGAUAGUCAAAGCCCAGCAACACCACGUGGUUCUCAUCGACGAGGUCGGGAAAGCGACGUGGAUGGUCGCGGUAGAGGUGCAACUCCUGCAAAACGAGUUCCUAUUCUUGCCAACUUCGAAGAGUGGAUGAAAAUGGCGACGGAUAAUAAGAUCAACGCUGCGAAUUCGUGGAAUUUCGCCCUGAUUGAUUACUUUCAUGAUAUGUCAUUGCUCCGCGAGGGAGAUGGCGUCAACUUUCAAAAGGCUAGUUGUACGCUUGACGGUUGCGUUAAGAUCUAUACAAGCAGAGUGGAUAGUGUCGCAACUGAGACCGGAAAGCUCUUGAGUGGCUUGGCCGAUAGCCGAGAUCGCAAAGCCCAGGAAGGCGAAGGGGCUGAAGGCGACGAGGAGGAAGAGGAAGAGGGCGAGGACGGUGUACGAAGAAAGGCAAAGAAGAAGACGCGCUCUCAUGAGGCUACGCUCGCUCCGUCGUUUGGAUCGCUACAAUUGAAAAAGCUCGAGCUCGAGUUUGCUGUGGACCCGCUUUUCAAGAAAGCAUCGGCCGACUUCGACGAAGGCGGUGCCAAGGGCCUAUUGCUGAACCACUUAUCUAUCGAUGGCCAGGGACGUAUCAUAUUUGACAGUAGUGAUGACGUGGACGAGACAAUCAACGGCGGAGAUCAUACCCAGGACGAUGAAAUGAAUGGUAGCGCAGAGCCAGAGGAUACCCAAGCCAAGGAGCCGGAGGGCGAUCCUAUGGAUGUUGACCCUGUGGAAAUCGAUAUCUCCUCCCUCGGAAACAGAUUCUUUCCCGAUCUAGAUCGUCUUUCCGAACAAGACAUUUGCCCAUCCUUGAAGAACCUUGAUCUGGGUGACCCGAGCGGCUCUCUUGAUAUGCCGUUGCUCAAAGCUCCCGAGGAAUGGAGACACGACAAGGACCACGACGAGUCUGACCCGGCAAGACGUAUGGGUGAUGCUUCUGGCAUUAUGCUCGACGAUGAUAAUGCUGUGGGAUUUGAUGACGAUGAUGGAACCUUUGCAGGAUUUGACAUUGGCGAAGACGCUGGCUUCGGUGAAGGUGGAGAGGCCUGGGCGCGAGAGGCAGCAUUGGAACCCUUGUUGAAGGUCCAUCGCAUGGACAUUGGUGGAGAAGACGAUCCGGAGGCUGCCGAGGACGGAGAUCCUUACACGUUGUCAAUCUCCCACCAACCGGCCAAUAAUGAGCACGAGAACAUCCUAAGUUACUUUGAUAACGCUCUACAAAAGAACUGGGCGGGUCCUGAACAUUGGCGAAUCCGGAAGAUCAAGGAGACUAGUGCUGCCAAUUCCACGGCUGCGCCAAAGCAACGUAAAGAAAAGGAGCCAUUCGUGAUUGACUUUUCUGCUCCUCUGGAUGCUACAGCAGCUGAUUUAAUUUACACGCAAGCAAGCUCAAAUUCUGCUAUAUCAAUCCCCAAGACGCAAUGGAAAACAAAAGGACGCAAUCUUCUUCCAGAUGACAAGCACUUCAACUCGCAACAACUGUUGCGCCUCUUCCUCAAGCCCAAGGCUCGCAUGGGAUCGAAGAAAUUCUUUGGGGCUCGCAGGACAGGCGAGACUAACGAGACGCGUGUUCCAGCCGCAGGCGAAAUGGACGAGGCUUUCUGGGCAAAUCACAAACCCGAAAAUGGCGCACAAGCGGACGACGAAAAGGUUGCAGGCACGUAUGAUGCCGACUUUUUUGCAGACGACGAUGGGCUUGCGUUCCCUGACGGGCUGCCGAUGGGAGACGACGACGACGACAACCUACCAUUUGCGGACGCUCGAGAAAUGUUCUCGCCCACAGGUGACAUGGAUGCCCGGCCGACAACAUCAGCGGGUGAUGGAUCGGGAGCCACGGGAUUGACAGCUCUAUUGAAUAUGGUUGGAGCUACACCUGGCUCGGCGCUUCAUGGUGGGGGAUUCGGCUCACAACUAGUGACGCAAGGUGGCCGUCGUGUUCGGCCCGACUAUGUAGCUUACGCGCGUGUGGCCAAGAAGGUUGACGUUCGACGGUUGAAGGAAGAAAUGUGGAAGGGUAUGGGCGACGGAUUGAUUGAGUCUAUGGAGUUCAACUCGGCCUCGGAUGCAGCAGCAGUCAUCGAUCAGCCCGAAGAGCCUACUGAUGAUGACGGGCCACCGACCCCUACCCCCAAGAAUAGGCAGUCAGACGCAGACCAUCCAAUGCCUGACAUCACCUCUGAAGUUGAGAAACACGGUCACCUGAAAUUCACGAAAGUGAUGAACUCUCUCAAGACUGUAUAUCCGGAAGAAUCGUUACGAGAUAUCAGUACCUCAUUCGGAUUUAUUUGUCUACUGCAUUUGGCCAAUGAAAAGGGACUGGUUUUGCAGAACGGCGGCGGCUUUGGCGAAGGAGAAGGUACCCUCGAAGAAAUCUACAUUACUAAAGAUGUUGGGGCAGUGAUUGACGGCGACGCGAUGUAG